AUGGUGAAAUCCUCCCUGCAGCGGAUCCUCAACAGCCACUGUUUCGCCAGAGAGAAGGAAGGGGAUAAACCCAGCGCCACCGUCCACGCCACCCGCACCAUGCCGCUCCUUAGCCUGCACAGCCGCGGAGGCCGCAACAGCGAGAGUUCCAGGGGCCUCGGUGGUGCUCCUGAUGUCCCUCACCCACCCCUGAAGAUCCCAGGUGGGCGAGGGAAUAGUCAGAGGGAUCACAAUCUUUCAGCUAAUUUAUUUUACUCUGAUAAUCGGCUGAAUGUAACAGAGGAACUAACGUCUAAUAACAAGACGAGGAUUUUUAAUGUCCAGUCCAGGCUCACAGAGGCCAAACACAUUAACUGGAGAGCGGUGCUGAGCAACAGCUGCCUCUACAUCGAGAUCCCGGGCGGCGCUCUGCCCGAGGGGAGCAAGGACAGCUUCGCAGUUCUUCUUGAGUUUGCUGAAGAGCAGCUCCAUGUUGACCACGUCUUCAUUUGCUUCCACAAGAACCGCGAUGAUCGAGCCGCCUUGCUCCGUACCUUCAGCUUUUUGGGCUUUGAGAUUGUGAGACCGGGGCAUCCCCUUGUCCCCAAGAGACCCGACGCUUGCUUCAUGGCCUACACAUUUGAGAGAGAGUCCUCGGGUGAGGAGGAGUAG